GGUUCCUGGCCAUCAUCAACAUGAUGGAGGGCAAAACCGACCGCAAGCCAGGCGAUUUCGGCAUCCGCACGUGGUACCCCAAGGACGAGAAGGGCCAGUACGAGAUGCAGCUGAAGGAGCUCCGCAACGGGCGCCUGGCGAUGCUGGCCUUCGGCGGCAUCGCGACGGCUGGGGCGUUCAGCGGCCAGGCGUGGCCGUUCUUCGGCUUCUCCGCCAUGGGCGCCCAGGGCCGCGCGGGGCGGAGCGCCUCCAGCCAGGGCCCGCCCCUGUGCGGCGGCCGCCGCGCCGCCCGGCGACAGCCCGCCGCGGCCGCGCGGCGCGCGGAGGUCAGCCGCAGCCUGCCAUUCAUGCCCAAGCCCCAGAACCUCGCUGGAUACGUCGGAGAGGAACAGGAGUUCGAUCCGCUCGGCUUCUCGGACACUUUCGACAUGAAGUGGCUGCGCGAGUCGGAGCUCAAGCACGGCCGCGUCUGCAUGCUGGCCACCGUCGGCUUCGCCACCCAGCAGUACGCCACGUUCCCGGGCAUGGCGCCCACGGAGAACGCCUUGAACGCGGUGUACACCGAGACCAACGGCCUUGUCACACUUAUCUUUCUCGCCGGCUACAUCGAGAGCCAGACCUACAACGGGAAGAUCACGAUGCUUGACAUGUUCGAGGGCAAGGAUGACAAGGUGCCCGGCGACUUCAAUUUCGGCAGCGGCUUCCUGAAGGGCAAGACCGACAAGGAGGUCUACGACAUGAAGCUGAAGGAGC